AUGGAUGGGCUCACACAGCCGUUCACCGACCAGCCAAUGGAGGUCAUGACCGAUGAGCAGCUCAAGGAAAUACAUGAAAAGAAGAUCAUCGACGCAAUCAACGGCUCCAUUUUUGGACUUGCCAAAGUGGUCAAGGAAACUCAGCACAUCGAAGUCCCAGUGGCCACUCUGGAUCAGGGGUUGCCUCUGAAGCCGUCAAGCGUCCUUGCAACCCUUAUGAUGUUCUACAACACAGCAUAUCUCCUUCCCUUGUCCAAAGUUAUCGAUGACAUCCCCCCGCAAUUUAAAGCGCUUUUCAGCGAGCAUUACGCCGAAAAGUAUCAAUAUAUCCUCAAUAUCUAUGCUCAAUACGGUAUUUUGAAAGAGUUCCUAGCCGAUUGCAAGUAUCCGGGCUUUUCCUUUACUGACAUCUUUAUGCCUGCAUUCAAGCGCUACAAAGCCCAGCUGCACAAUAUCUCUGAAUUUUUAUGGUUCCGUGAGGCGGUAAUUGAAAUCCUUCACUCAGCCCUAACAGAAUACAAAACUGCGUACACUCAAAAUAAGCCUGUUUUGGAAUCUGCAUCAGCCCUUAAGCUAGGAAUUAGUCGCAUAACAGAUGAAACUGUAAAGCUCCGGGAGACGGCCUCUCAGCUGCCAUCGCGGAUCGAUCCCCUUAUUCAACGAUACAACAGAGCACUCGAGAGCCAACAACGUCUUGAUAAGGAAAAUAGCGAGUUCACCAACCGGAUACUUGUGCUGACUAACGAACUAGUUGAGCUGGAAGGUCAAGUCAAGAAGAAAACCGAAGAAUAUGAAUCUGAAAAAAGCACUCUAAUCACUAAAAAACAAAACGAUGCCGUUCUUCAGGACAUACAAGCUGCUGAGGCCUUAGGAAAUGACCUGAGAACUCAGUGCGAUGCUCUCUUAUCAUCGAUCAAUAUUUUUGAGCAGCACAACAAUGAUCUUCUGGGGAUAACCGACAAGAUAACCGAACUGAUUGACACAGCUGAUCAAUAUAGUAGCUCCAGUGACAAUCUGCAGGCACAGUUGGAGAGCCUACAGGUAAUGAAGGAUACCGUUAAUACCCUGGACGCGCAGAUUAAUGCAUCCAAACAAGAAAUAGAGAAUAUGAACAAUGCAAUGCAGUAUGGAUCUGCCGUAGAGCAAGAACAGGACAACCCUAGUCUUCGCGCAGAUGAAGAGGAGCUUCGGCGACUCACCGAAGAUUGCGAAGGCCUGGAAGCCACAUAUGCUAAGAAGCUCAGUCAGGUUAGAGCCCUACAGCAAGAAAUCAAUGACGAGAAUGCAAAAAUAACCAGGGUGAGAGUGGAUACCGCUGAAAAGAUCGACCAGCUGUCUGACAAGGCCAAUGAAAUGAUGUCAAUGUUUGUAGCGCAACUCACAGGAAUGAUAAGCAAGCUCAGCUCCAUGUAA